ACGUCGAUGACGCACCGCAGACACGCGCAAUGGUAACCGGAAGCAUAGUUGAGAGGAAAAUAAAAAAUCGAUCAAAACCCCCAGUUGGUCUUGAGGGUGAUUCUCACCUUCUGUCAUUUCCACGGCAUAGCUUCGCAUUUGAUAGCCCUUAACACCCCCGCCAUCAGAGAGGACGGUAGCGAGAAGAAAUAACUGCCCCGUUUGACCGAAGUUGCUCGCUAACUGGUUUAGCUGACGUGGGGAGAAGUUGAGACAGCCAGAGAGCAGAGACAAACACAAACAAGCUGGGAUCAGCGGAGCGCCUGUCCGAAACGAACCAGCUGCACGGGCACAUGUCACGGAGUGCGACUUUGCUUUUCCCGAGCCCAAGAAUGAUCCACGGGAGACGGUGACUUCCACUGAAACGAGCUCCAUGUAGACUGUCAACAGUGGCAACACAAAGAAUUUCGGCAGCACAACACGAGGAUCAUCCGUAAGCAGGAGAAUAACAUCCACGGCUCAUGUCACCACCGCCCUGUGUCACUUUGGCCGGCAAGCACUACCAAUGACUUUGUUCUCCGGUUCUCUGCUGUAACCAAAUUUACAUUGCAACAACACAGAAGUGGGAUCGGCAUGGCCCAUCAGGCAACCCCGAGCUCUCAGAAGGCCCUGAUGAUGGAGUUGAAGUCACUUCAGGAGCAGCCUGUGGAAGGCUUCCGCAUCACUCUGGUUCAGGAGUCGGAUCUCUACAACUGGGAGGUGGCCAUCUUUGGGCCUCCGAACACCCUGUAUGAGGGCGGCUACUUUAAGGCUCACAUCAAGUUCCCAGUGGACUACCCGUAUUUACCACCAACCUUCCGUUUCAUCACCAAGAUGUGGCACCCAAACAUUUAUGAGAAUGGCGACGUGUGCAUCUCCAUCCUGCAUCCUCCAGUCGACGAUCCACAGAGCGGAGAGCUGCCGUCAGAAAGAUGGAAUCCAACCCAGAAUGUCAGGACCAUCCUUCUUAGCGUCAUCUCUCUACUCAAUGAGCCAAAUACGUUUUCCCCUGCGAACGUGGACGCUUCAGUCAUGUUUCGAAGGUGGAGAGACAGCAAAGGCAAGGACAAAGAGUACGCGGAGAUUAUCAGAAAACAAGUGAUGUCCACAGCGGCCGACGCCGACCGAGACGGCGUUAAAGUUCCGACCACGCUGGCGGAAUACUGCGUCCAGACCAGGGUACCCUCCCAGGACAGUAGCUCGGACCUUCUCUACGAUGACCUUUACGACGACGACAUGGAGGAGGACGAGGAGGACGACGACGAGAGCGAGAUGGAGUCUAUAGGCGAAGCCGGAGCGGUCGGUUCCGUGGAGGACGGCGGGACGUCUAACAGGUGUUACGACGACCAGGAUGACUCUGGCAACGAAGAGUCAUGAUCUGGAUCUGCACGACUGUCCGCAUCCCCUGCCUCAUUUAGUGUGUGUGUGUGCGUGAGUGUGAGCGCGUACACAGUGGGGCCAAAAGUCUACUGCCAAAAAUUUUUCAUCAACUAUUAAACAGUCAAAUAACGUCCCCCCAAUAGUUUUCACUAAAAAGUUUGUCGUCGAGUCACCGUUUGCCUUAAUUACAGCUUGCACUUGGUCUGGUACAAAUGUAUUGCAGAACCGAUUUGGCGUUGCUUCUAUCCACCUCCUGGUAGUGUUUAUGAUUUUUAGAUUAUACUAAGAUGAAAACAUCAUGGCAUCUAAUCAGUCUUGCAAUUGAGACUACAUCUUCUAAAGAUGUGAAAUGACUAUUUUGUUUGAAAAACUCUUAUCGUGGAAAAGCGGCUUCCAAUUUGUGCGCUUACUGACUUCAUUAGGCAAAUGCUCUGCCCUCAAAAUAAGACAAUAAGGCUCAGUUUUGACUGACUGUCGAGAGGUAUUUUACUGAAUAAUUAUUGUGGUGUAGAACUGCAUUGUAUUUCCGAUACAGGGUGUCCCAAAAUUCAUCAUACACUAAAUGUUUUUCUAUUUCAUUUCAGGUAUCAUUCGAACUAAGCUGACAAAAAUGGCUUUGCAUGUCCGAAUGAUGCCUGGGGGGGGGGGAAACAAAACAGACAUAUGGUGAAUUUUGCGACACCUUGCCUAUUGUACCGCUCAUGUAGCUAAAUGAGGUAGCCAAAACUGUGUCAAAUGAGCACUAUUGUCUUUUCAAAUGAAUAUUUUUUGAUACAGCGCCUCAUCAUAUUUUUGUAUUUACCGUGCAGGCAUAGGAGGUCAGUUGCAUCAUUGUCAAAGUUCUGACUGACAUUGCUGCCAAUUUAGUCACUCUUCGCAUUUGAUAAAUGAUGAAAAUAACGGCCCGCUCGCAUUCUCUCGGGCCCCACUGUUUGCUGUCUGCCUGCCGUAGUGUUGACCACCCUCCAUCUUACUCGUCACUUUUUGUAAUGUCCUCCUAGGCGUGUGUGGAUUUUUCAAGGAAUGAGGAUGGACAGCGAAACUGCAAACGACUCCUUUACGAGGAGACCGCUAUCUUGCUGGCAUCUGCCUUUUCCAUGCUAGAGUGUGUUGACACAAGGCUACGCUGUGCCCCGUCCAUCACCACUGAUCCCUCAAAAGGGGGUGAGCGAGCUGAAGACUUUUCUCAGCAAGCCUCUCUGCCUCUCUGCCUCUCAAACCUCAGGGCCUCUAAAGACUUUCUCUGAGAGUGGAAAAAGCAACAAGGGACGACUGUCACCCGGUUUUCUUUAUUGUAAUGUUUUCCGAGGGCAAACGGUCGCCUUCGAUCCCACAGCAGGAUUGUUUACAAGUGUUGAUGUUGGUCCCCACUCAAGCUUCAUUUUGCCCUCAAAUCACCCAAAUCCACUCAAGCUGAGGAUAUUUUUUUCUCCAGAGGUUGCUCACGAUGUUACUGACGUAAAAAUGUUACACUUUCACACCCUGACACUUUUAUGCUUAGUACCGUGCCACACCGCAGUCGAGUUUGUCGCCUGUCGAUCGAGACAGUAGUCAAAAUGCAGCUUGGUUUGUAUUUGAAUGACAACGUCAACGUGUGAUGUGUGCACUUGGGUUCACGGCCGGUGUUGAAUUGGACGCUGGCGGGGUUUUUGAUUAGGUUUGCUCACGAGACUUUUUCUGUGUUUGCGGUGCAGGAGAAUUUUAAAAUGUGUUCACAGGUAUUUAGAAUAUCUGGGUGGAUUUUAUGCCAAGGAAUUGAAGUACAGCUGAAUAUAUAUAUUUUUUUUAAUUAAAGCGGAGUAGCAGAUUUCCACGCGGUUUAAAGAAACGCAGGUUGAUUUGAAUGUGAAACCAAAGGAGUGAAUCGUUCGCUCCUGUGCUAUGGAAACUCUCCGCGACAAAAAGCUCAAACGUGGGUCACGAAUAGAACAGAUUUUGUGACAUUGCCUGACAUUUUCUUGUGUACUCUCCCUCAUUUGGUGUUUUAUUUUUCCUUUCGUGAUGAGAACAUUUGAUGUAUCUCGUGUGUCUAUCGAAUGUGAAGCUAUCCUACCAUCACUUGCACAUCCUGAUUCGGUCUUGAAAUGACUCAAGCAACUAUGAGGAUAAUGUCAUGAAAGUGAAGUGGCCAAUUGGGAUUCUAGGAUCCAUUAUGUUCGUGGUUUCUGGAAAACCGCACCAUUUUUCCUAAUUUCAUCAAAAUAAAUCUGAGUCUGCAAUGCUGAUCAAUCAUAAGUCUAUGACCACAUCGAUCAAUCAGUCCAUCACUGCUGUACUCCAUUAUCCAUUUCCUAUUGAUGGAUAAUUGAAUGAAUCCCAAACUCCUGUUUCACAGACAAAAUGGGUUAAUCACGUACUUCAUUAAUGUAGGAUAAACCCACCCCAACUGACACAAUCUGAGAUCCUGAUGAGGCUGUCAUCUGAUUUCUCAGCACCUAUCGAACUGCAUCUUUGAGUGUGUCCAAAUCUAUUGAUGUUAAAUGCUGUAUGCGUUGGGUUUUUUCUUUUUUUUUUUUGUCCACUAGUGUGCUAUUGUUAUUGAGGAUGCAAGUGUCACUGAUAAAAGAUUUCAUUGUAAACAAAAUGCCACUGGUUUUGUUUGUGGCCAGAUAGUUUUGCUUUGAGCCCACAAGUCAUAUAAAUACACUACACGAGUUGUUGGUUUCCGAGGGGUUGAAAUAAGGGUUGACUUGAGGCACAGUUGCCAUGGUAACAUUUGGAAUUCAUCAAUAAACCAGUAUGCUAUCACAA